AUGCGUGUGUUAAUACUGUUGGCUAUUCUUGGAGCCGUUUCCGCGGCCCCAAGAAAAUCAGGACGUAUUGUGGGUGGUGAAAACACUAAUAUUGAAAGAUUUCCUUUCAUGGCUGCUAUGUUGGAAAAUAUCUUCUGGGUAGUGAGGCCUAUAUGUGGUGGCACUCUUAUAACCAACAGAGCUGUAGUCUCAGCAGCUCACUGUUUUGUAGACUAUGAGCCAUCCUGGCUGAAAGUGAGAUUGGGAUCAACUUAUGCUUCGUCUGGCGGACAAGUCUAUGAGGUUUCUAGACUUAUCAUGCAUCCUCAAUUUGACACACUCUUACUUAUUCAUGAUAUUGCAGUAAUCAGACUUCAAAACUCUGUUGUAAUGUCCAAUCAAAUCCAAGCUGCACGAAUUGCUGGACCACAGUACAUCUUACCAGACAAUACACGUUUGGAUGUUAUUGGUUGGGGGCAGACCAGUUAUAAUGGACAACGUUCCGAAAUACUUCAGCACGUUUCCGUUAAUACCAUCAACCAAAGAAUUUGUACCGAACGCUACGAACACCUUAGGACUUUACCUGGUAAAGAAAACCACCCAGGUGUAACUCCUGAGAUGAUGUGUUCCGGUAUUCUGGAUGUUGGUGGCAAAGACGCCUGCAAGGGUGACUCCGGUGGACCUGUUAUUCAUGGCGGAAAUGUUCUAGUAGGAAUUACUUCCUUUGGCCACGAAUGCGCUCAUCCAGUUUAUCCAGCGGCCCCAAGAAAAUCAGGUCGUAUUGUGGGUGGUGAAAGCACCACUAUUGAAAGAUAUCCUUUCAUGUCUGUUAUGCUAGAAAAUAACUUCUGGGGAUUGAGGCAUAUAUGUGGUGGCAGUCUUAUAACCAACAGAGCUGUAGUGUCAGCAGCUCACUGUUUUGGACGCGUUACGCCAUCCACUUUAAGAGUGCGUUUGGGAUCAACUUAUGCUUCGUCUGGCGGACAAGUCCAAGAGGUUUCUAGAAUUAUCAUGCACCCACAAUAUAACUCACGCUUACUUAUACAUGACGUCGCAGUUGUCAGACUUCAAAACUCUGUUGUAAUGUCCAAUCAAAUCCAAGUUGCACGAAUUGCUGGACCACAGUACACCUUACCAGACAAUACACGUUUGGAUGUUAUUGGUUGGGGGCAGACUAGUUACAAGGGACAAACUUCCGAAAUACUUCAGCACGUUUCCGUUAAUAUCAUCAACCAUAGACUUUGCAUCGACCGCUACGAAUACCUCAGAUCUUUACCCGGUAUGGGAGCCUGGCCAAGUGUAACUCCUGAGAUGAUGUGUACUGGUAUUCUGGAUGUUGGUGGCAAGGACGCCUGCGAAGGUGACUCCGGAGGACCUGUUAUUCAUGGUGGAAAUGUUCUAGUAGGAAUUACUUCCUGGGGAUUCGAGUGUGCUCAUCGAACUUAUCCGGGUGUUAAUGUACGCGUUUCAUCUUACACAGAUUGGAUCUCGACCAAUGCAGUUAAUUAA